AGCACGUGAGUCGCUGCCAAAAGCUGGAUAAAUUUAGGAGUCGGAACUUGGAGAGAGUUUAGCCUUCUCGUUUUAGCUAAUGUUUAGCUCCUUUAAUUUGCCUUUAUUUGUCUUUUAACAACAAAAUAUGGUUAAUUAGUGCCAAUCAAGUCCAGGCAUGGAGGAAGACUCAGAAGACGACCAGCUUCUCCUCCACGCUCAAGAAGGAAACUGUCUUCUCAUCAAGAAGCUGCUUCAGACUAGAACAGACAAGAAGAGCUCGCUGAACAUCAACUGCAGAUCCAGGUCUAAAAGCACCUCAGGAUGGACAGCUCUCCAUCUGGCCUGCAGCUCUGGUCACAGGGAUGUGGUGGAAGAGUUAUUAAAGGCAGGGGUGGAUGUGAAUUUACAGGAUAAGUUGGGUGACACACCUCUACACAAAGCAGCUUAUGCUGGAAGAAAGGAGAUUGUCCUGCUGCUGCUUCGGUACGCCGCCUGUGCCAAUAUAAUCAAUGGGACGGCGCAGAUCCCCAAAGAUGUCACAGAAGAUGAUGAAAUCAUUACCAUGCUGGAAGCUGCAGAGAGGAGGGAGAUGAGACGACGGGAGGAGAAGCUUCUGGAAGCUGCUAGAGAAGGGGAUCUCUCCACUCUGUCUAAAUUGCUAAGUGGAAAAGAGGCUCCAGAUAUCCACUGCAGUGAUUYCUUGGGGAAUACGCCUUUACACUGUGCGGCCUACAGAGGGCAGAAGCAGUGCAUUAUAAAGCUGCUCAAGUCUGGAGCCAGCCCAGAUAUUAGGAACAACAGAGAUCAGACAGCACUUGACCUGGUUCAUACUGAUGACCUAAAACGAGUUGUAGCAGCCUUUCAAGAUAAGAAUGUGAUGGGUGGAGUGCAGAAGGUCGAGGGCCCUCUUUGGAAGAGCUCACGCUUUCUUGGCUGGCGAUCUCACUGGGUGGUCGUAGAGAAUGGAACCAUCUCUUGGUACCCCAAAGAAGCUGACGGCCGAGCUGGUGUUAGAAAGCAGGGAUCGAAGUCUCUUACUCAAGCCUAUUGUAUGGUUAAACCAUGGGAUCAUUGCUUCUUCAUGCUCCACUGCUUCGAUGACWCUGUGUAUCAUUUUAAGGUCCCAUCAAAAAUGAACUCGUUGGCAACAAGAAAAAGAUGGCUGGAUGCGUUGGAGGAGCAUGCGUGCUACAGCACUCGUCACUGCACCCAAGACCCUAAUAUUUAUGAUGCYGAUGAUGUUGAAAUGAGAAACCUGGCUCAAGCUUUUCAGGCAGUCAAAGCCUACCAGCAGAAGUUGGAGAGUCAAGUCUCUAUAUUUGAAUCCAUGGUGAAAAAUGAGGAGCAUUUUGCACUYGUUGCUGAUCUUCUAUUGAAAGCAAAAGAGACGAGUGAGCUUUCAAGUAAAACCUGUGAGGCGCUACAGUUUUGCCUUGAACUACUGUCAAAACAAGAGGAGGUGUGGAGCCUAAAGGUAGAGCAGGAGGAGGAAAAGAACAAGGCUCUGACAGAAGCUCUAGAAACUUUGGCAACUGAGCGUCAAGAACUCAGACAGUCCUUAAGUAAUCUCAGGAGAUCACCUACCCUCUCUACCCUCACUGAAGAUGACUUCUACGAUGCUGUGUCAGAGUCUGAGUCGGAGCUCUCUGUGAGCRGCUUCCUGUCUGUGGCCAGCUUCUCCUACGAAGAGGACGAGGACAGAGAUUCCCCCUCGCGAAACAGCCUCCGCCAUCCGAGCGCACACGGGGGGGCUGCCGGAAUGUCAGGGGACGGUAACCACGGCAACCAAGCAGCGCAGCACAACGGCGUGAAGAAGCACAGAACUUCUCUACCGACUCCCAUGUUCUCCAGGAAUGAUGUGAGCAUCUGGAGCAUCUUGAAGAAAUGCAUAGGCAUGGAGUUAUCAAAGAUUGCCAUGCCGGUGGUGUUUAAUGAGCCUCUGAGCUUCCUGCAGCGACUUACAGAAUACAUGGAGCACACCUACCUCAUCCACCAGGCAAACGCUGCAGCAGACUCAGUGGAGAGGAUGAAGUGUGUUGCAGCAUUUGCUGUGUCAGCUGUAGCAUCGCAGUGGGAGAGGACGGGGAAGCCCUUUAACCCACUGCUGGGGGAGACAUAUGAGCUGAUCAGAGAGGAUUUAGGCUUCAGGUGGGUGUCAGAGCAAGUGAGCCACCACCCUCCAAUCAGUGCCUUUCACGCCGAGGGACUGGAAGAGGAUUUUGUCUUUCAUGGCUCCAUAUAUCCCAAACUCAAAUUCUGGGGAAAGAGCAUUGAAGCUGAACCCAAAGGAACCAUCACACUGGAACUGCCCAAAUAUAAUGAAGCAUACACCUGGACAAAUCCCACAUGUUGUGUCCACAACAUCAUUGUUGGUCAGCUUUGGAUUGAGCAGUAUGGAAACGUGGAAGUGAUCAAUCAAAAAACAGGAGAGAGAUGCAGCAUGAUGUUCAAGCCCUGUGGCCUUUUUGGAAAAGAGCUCCAUAAAGUGGAGGGAUACAUCCAAGACAAAAACAAAAAGAAGCUCUGUGCAAUAUAUGGCAAGUGGACGGAAUGUUUGUACACAGUUGAUCCUGUUGCUUUUGAAUCCUACAAAAAGAUGAGUAAAAAGAAUUCUGAGGACAAAAAGACCAACAAAGAGCCUCAAAAGAGCGUUGAGGAGGAGUCUGAAGAGAAGCCUCCACCUGAYGCAGAGACGGUCCAAGUCAUCCCAGGAAGCGAGCUCAUCUGGAAAAUAACGCCUCGACCAGAAAACUCAUCGAAGUUCUAUGCAUUCUCUACCUUCACCAUGCAGCUGAAUGAGCUGAGCAAGAGCAUGGAGGGAGUCCUCCCUCCCACCGACAGCCGCUUCAGACCUGACAUCCGGGCCAUGGAGAAUGGAGAUAUAGAUCUGGCAAGCAGUGAAAAGAAGAGACUUGAAGAGAAACAGCGGACAGCCUGUAAAUAUCGCUCCAAAUCAACAGAGGAUUGGAAAAUAAGGUGGUUUCAACAAGGACCCAACCCACACAACAAAGCUCAGGACUGGCUCUACCUGAAAGGCUAUUGGGACAGGAAUUACACUCAGCUGCCUGAUAUUUACUAAAUGUAAAAAUAAAAAAAAUAAAAAAAAAACUUGCACAGAUCUACACAUGAAUUCCCAUUUUUAACACCUUUAAAUAUAUUCCACUGCACUGGUGGUUGCACUCCAAACUUUCGCAACAAAACAAAAUAACGGACUCCAUGUAAAACAGCACGCAGUGUCGGGUUCAAUAUGGGAGGGAACAUUUAGAUCUGUGUCAACAACAAAGCACAAAAACUCAUUUAUUGUGGUUCCAAACCACUGAAAAAGCAAAGUAUUAGCAUGUAGAUGAACAACUAGAAUGUAUUUAGGCAAUGUUUCAUGUUAGAUGGAGUGUUUAACCAGCAACCCUCUGUUUAGCUGUAGUUAGGUCAUUAUUUCUACUUGGUCAUGGACACUUCAGUGUGAGUGCAGCGAGGCGGCGGCGGUGGCACUUCAAACGGCGAGGACGGAGCUCAUGUUUUCUACCCGCAGCUGUCAGAUUGACACUCAUGCAUAUUAUAAUGCAGCGCAGAGUUAUAAAACGGAUAAUUAGAGUAGAUUAGCCUUUGUUUUCAGUCGAUACGAUGAGUGGUGCAGAUAUCCUAGUCUUUAACUGAAUGUGUUUAAAAAUUUUCUGCCCUGUUGCUAUUUUCAGAGAUUGCUGUCUUGAUUGUAAAUGUGUCUAGCUAUAUCCCAGCAAAUGUAGUACAUAUUAGUUCAAAGGAAUUGAUAAAACACCUUAACUAUAUAAUGAAUUUAUAUGUAUAAAGACUAAUGGUCUGCCUGAAACUGUAGCACUUCUUUUGAUUUGUGUGUGAAAAAGGUGAAGGUCUUGCCAGAGAUAAAAACUGGUUAUUUUUAUUGCUCAAUGCAUUAAUCUAUCAUAAAUACAUGUGCAUAAAAACUAUGCAAGCCUUACCUCAGUCAGUCUCGCACUGAACUCUUCUCAUUUAUUAGCUGCUACAUGUAAGCUUAACUUUUGUUUUUUUUCUCUCUUGUCGCUCUUUUUGAAUAUUUAAGAGUUUCUAUUGUUGCUAAAUAAAAGCAYAAUGAUAAAGUUUA